CAGUCUGCACUGACAGCAACAACACACGUACGUACGUGUGCAGUGCUGCGUGGAACAGCUGCAACAACAUACAGAUAUACAUAUAGCAUCCCUCGAUCGGCCGGCUGAUCGAUCUUGGACGACGACAAGAAAAUGGCAGCCAAGCUCAGGGCGCAAGCACCUGCCGUCGUCGCCCUGCUCCUCGCCGCGGCGGGCCUGCUGGUGCUCGCGGCGACGGUCGCGGACGCCAGGCCGUUGAAGGAAGAGCCGUCGUCGUCGUCGGAGGGAGACGACGUGCCCACGGUGGUGGUGGAAUCGCCGGCGGGCGACAUCCAGACGGUGGUCGGGACGGCGGAGGACGACGGCGCCGGCAGAAACAAGUUCGUGAUGAGCAUCGACAUGCUCGGCGGGAUCAAGGAAUCCGGCCCGAGCCCCGGCGCCGGGCACUAGACGCCUGUACGCCAGGAAAUGACAGGAGGCCUCUCUGUCUCUGGUUUCAGAGAGGCAAAAAAAAUACGCUGCCACUUCCUGCACAUGCUAGGACUUACCGGGUUGAUAUUACUGUUUAUUAUGUUUUGUUUGUUCUUGAUGUACGGUUUGCCAUAGCAAAUGACAAAGCACCAGUACACUUAGGGACGUUUGGAUCCUUAA